AUGCCUAGGCACAUAGUCCGAAACGGAGCACUAAUUAUUCUAAUAUUUCUACUAGCCUUGCACUUACGGUUCAGACAGCGGCUGGUUUUCACGAAAGAGGCGCAGAUACUAAUACCAAUCAAAUCGAAACUAGUGUUCCCAACAUAUUUCCCGAUUGACGUGGCUCAAAUCCCGGAUUUUAUACACAACACUCCGCCCCUUCAAGAUAAUGACUACUACCACUUCGAGCAUGUGGAGAAACACAGGCCAGAGAGCGUUCCAGUUAAGAAGGAGAACUAUCAUGAACACCCUUUUCAGAUAUAUGACUCUUCGCAAGAUAUCAGCAUGGACUUACACCAGUGUGGAGCGCUCCAGAGCAAUUUUUCAACCCAGGUGAGCGAGGCCACGGAUCUACAUACGCCCUUGUGUGAUAUUGUGGCAAGGCUUAUAGCUGGAAUAGACAUGGGGAAUGAUCCCUACCUUAGGGAGUUGGCACCGUAUUUCGAUGCACAGCUUCGCUUACAACUAAAACAUGACGUGUGCCAUCGGCAUUGGUUCAGGCUCGCUGGCUCCUCGGUGUACUUGGAGGACCACGGCUUUCAUCUUUUAAUCUCCCGUCUAGCGUACUCUCCUGAUGGUAACAGGCGUGAUCCUAAAUUCUCUUUGGCAUAUGCGCAGGUGUACAACGAGAUGUGGCAGGAGGUUAACGAUGUGAGUCUUGUAAUUCCUACAAACGAGGCUGGUGCCGAGUUCUUUAUAGACAAGCAAGGAUACAAAGUAUCUCAUUAUCCUCAAAUACUACCUGUGCCCUUUUUCCACAAGUACAGGGAGAAAGCAUCGAGGUACCUUGGCCCCGAGGAUCCAAGGUUGAUACUUCGCAAAAAUGAAAAUGGCCAUGAAGAGCCAAUGAUGGUUUUCAACUUGCACCACCAGAAAUUUGUUUUUGCAGACGACGACGAGGACAAUCAUCUUCUAAAGAAGCCAGCCACCUUCCGAUCGAUGUGGGUGAGCUUCCCCUGGCAGUUUCAAAGAGGCAAAACUAACGUGGACGACCUACUCCACACUCAAUUCGAUAAUUCAACGUACAACAAGGCGAUCGAGCUACGAAUCAAAAACUUACCUCGUCAGGAAAAGCAAAAAAACUGGACUCCAAUGAUUAGUGACGCAGACCGCGAAGAGUAUGGCUACGAUAAAACAAUGCUCUUCAUGUAUCGCUGGACAACGAUGCAAGUUCUCAGAUGUGAUUUAGAAACGGGCAAAUGUGGUUUCGUAUAUCAGCAGAAUGACAAACUAAAAGUCUCCUCUUCGGUCGGACCCUUUAGAGGUGGAACACAAAUGAUAAAUAUUCGCCACAUGUUGCAAGGCCAAAGACAAAAGACCGAUCAAUUGUUACAAUUGUUACCUCCCAAUAGAGAGAUAUGGUUGGGGUUUGCCCGUGCUCACUUGGUCCGAUGUGGUUGUGGAAACGACCUCUAUAGACCCAACUUGGUUGUGGUAACAAAAGACAGAAUAAUGGUCGAUGGAAACCCAAAAAUUCUAUUCAAAAUAAGUCAUGUCUCGUCAUUUGUUUCGCUUAAUGUUGAAAUCCUUCCAUGGGAACCUCUGAAACCCUAUAAACUCUGCUCGGGUACGAAUGCGCUCAUUCCAAAUGGUAUCUCUCACUGGACUGUUUCCUCCAAAAACAGCAAAGAGGUGAAUUCUAAGGAUUUCAUGGAUGAAUUGGUCCUAGCCAUUUCUGUACAAGAUAUCACUGUGUGGAAGUUGAAUAUUAAAGGACUUUUGAGAGCAUUUGUCACCGAUCAGUCCCUCUUCCUCCCAUCUCCUUCUGAGGACAAGGAGCCCAAGAUAGAAAAUGAGAAAUUGCUCAUCCCAUCAGAAUCAGAAUUCAAAGCCAACCGUAUGCCAGGGUAUUCUAAUGACGCCCUUGUGUGUGCAAUGCUCGCAUCAGUACGAUUCUGUGCUGACUACGCAGAAGAGAAGCUUGCAAUCGAAAAGGAUCAUAUUUUGGACACUAUCUUCUUGGUGGAUACAGAAGCGGAAGACACGAAAAUGGAGAAUUAUCUUGAUGAACUUGACGCACUCGGAUUAAAUAUUAUAUAG